UGACCGCAGGUGAUCCGCCCACCUCGGCCUCCCAAAGUGCUGGGAUUACAGGCAUGAGCCACCACACCUGGCCCCUUAGUCUUUUAAGAAGCGGCAGUGAACCUUCUCAACUAAAUGUUGCAGCCAUAAGCUUUCCUCCAUGGGGAAUAUACCAUUGGGAUUGAGGAGGGGCCCUUAGGCCAGGGGAAACAUCAAUGGAACCUGAUUCUUCCACAACACCCCAGAUGUUGGGCCUCAAACAAGCUGGGGAGGGUGGAGAUGACAGACACUGCCUACGCUUCUUGUCAUCUUGUGUGGUCCCCAUCAUGCACCAAGUGGCAUACCUUUCAUAGGACAGAGAACUUCCCUGAGAGUCACAUGCCUGGAUGAAAAAUUGCCCUCCAUUGGCAUGUGCCAUCAUAGAAUAGGUCGUGCAAGGACCGGUUGGUUCUAGGAGGAAGAAAGACCGGUAAAAAUAAGCACCCUUUCUCUCUCUGCCCUGCUGCCAGAACUGCCUGUUCUCACAUGACCCACCUUGGCAGUUACCCAGGAUGACUGUUGCUCGCUCCCAUUUUACAGUAGAGAAAACUCAAAACUGUUACCCCAGAGUCACAUUUGGAGCUGUGGCAGGGCCAUCCUCGCCCUCUUGCUUUCCAGUUUGAGUUCUAGAUCCAAGGCUGUCCAGGAGAGCCAACUCGUUUACUACAAUGGAGUCUUGGAGUCUUGGAGUCUUCUGCCCUGCCUAGCUAGGGCUGGAAGAGGAUCAGCCUCAGCCUUGUGAGUGGGUGGUACAGGAUGAUUUGACAACUUAAGGAUAACAUGCAAGCCAUAGUUGCACCCUAUUACUGGGAAGUGUCUAGUGUGCUGGCAAAACCAGGAGCACCAAUCAAUACCCAAGUUAUAAAAAAUAAAAUAGCCCUCUUUGAGGCCCACGAAGCCCUUGCUUAUAUGGGACUUACCAAGUUUAAGAGUUGCGUGCACAAGGAAUGGAACUCCUUGACAGCGUAAAGGCAAACAUGACCGAAACUUUCUUCUCCCUUACUCUAUCCUGACAAACAUUCUGAGGAGUCACAGGAGUACAGGCUUGGCUGGGAUGAGGGACAUUCAUGGGGGCUUGGGGGUUGCUAAACAAACGGCAGGUGCGCCACGUACAAAAACACAAGACACAAAGACACUGAACCUGGAGGGGAGAGACUGAAAUGGUCAGACAACUGGCAUGCUGACAGUCUGAGUCUGACAUGCCCCAGCAGAAGCAGCAGAAGGGAACAGCACUGACCUUUGGGAGAGUGACAGGAUGAGAGCAGAGUGGCCCCACUGGUUGCUGCUUGGGUAGUGCUGGUGCUGAGAAGGGAUGCUGCCUGAGGUGGAGGUGUGUUUUUGUGUAGUAUGACUGAGGGUUCCUGCAGGCAGUGCCUCAGUUUCUCCCUUUGGGUCAAGGUCUCAAGCUUUGCAGGUAAAGAUUGGGCUAGCUGCCCUGGAAGAUCACCUGUCUAAUAGCUUGCAAUCUGAGGUGUGUGUGUGCACGUGCAUGAGAGGGAGCGGAACGUGCCUGAGCAUGGGGGGGACUGGGCCAUGCCCCAGGACUUGAGCCAUCUCUGGCACAAAAGGAGUUAAUGGCAGGGACCGCGCCCCCCCGUGUCCGGGCACGCGCAGCGCGCCCCCUCGGUGCGCGGGCACAGCAGCCAGGCUGCCGGAGAGCUGAUCUCGGGGAUUCGGGUGCGGAGCCCUUGGCCUGGAGGCGAUAUGGGUGGUCCGUGGCCCGGUUCAGUCGCUUGCAGCAGCCCGGGGAACAGUGUCCCGGAGUGAGGUUGACAAUCCCACCCUGUCCUGAAGUGGAGGUCCCUGUGUGGGCUUACCAGGUCCCAAGGGCUACACAGCUCCGUUCAAGCAGCAUGCCCGGGGACCUGAGCUCCAUCUUUGUUUCUCCCCACCCCCUGGCUGUCACACGCUACUCUGGCUCCAGCCGACCCUGAUGAACCUCUUUGGCUGUGGGGUUGAAGUUGGGCACCGGGAACUUGCAGUGGCAACAACUGUCACUGUCAAACCCCUUGGAUUUUCCAGCCAUGGCCAGGCACGUAGAAUGGUUCUGAUUGGCAGUGGAUCAUCUGCCUGUCUGGCCCUGAGGGAGUCCCCUUUCUGAAGCUGUGGUGCUUGGACGACCUGCUCUCUACGUUGCUGGGCACCUGUAGGUGUCCCUCGAGAGCUCAGUUUUGAGGUUCAAGUCAGUGUGGCCAUGAAGGGGCUGCCUAUUGGGCUGAUGCUGUGACCCUGGAGUCUGCCUCUCCUGCCAGUCCCCCUGCCCGGAACAUGUGGCUGCGGCUUGGCCCGCCCUCGCUGUCCCUGAGCCCCAAGCCCACGGUUGGCAGGAGCCUGUGCCUCACCCUGUGGUUCCUCAGUUUGGCGCUGAGAGCCAGUACCCAGGCCCCAGCACCCACAGUCAACACUCACUUUGGGAAGCUAAGGGGUGCCCGGGUACCACUGCCCAGUGAGAUCCUGGGGCCUGUGGACCAAUACCUGGGGGUGCCCUACGCAGCUCCCCCGAUCGGCGAGAAACGUUUCCUGCCCCCUGAACCACCCCCAUCCUGGUCGGGCAUCCGGAACGCCACACACUUUCCCCCAGUGUGCCCCCAGAACAUCCACACAGCUGUGCCCGAAGUCAUGCUGCCAGUCUGGUUCACUGCCAACUUGGAUAUCGUCGCUACUUACAUCCAGGAGCCCAACGAAGACUGUCUCUACCUGAACGUCUAUGUGCCGACGGAGGAUGUAAAGCGGAUUUCCAAGGAAUGCGCCCGAAAGCCCAACAAGAAAAUUUGUAGGAAAGGAGGAUCCGGCGCUAAGAAACAGGGCGAGGACUUAGCGGAUAAUGACGGGGAUGAAGAUGAAGACAUCCGGGACAGUGGUGCUAAACCCGUCAUGGUCUACAUCCAUGGAGGCUCUUACAUGGAAGGGACAGGCAACAUGAUUGAUGGCAGCGUCCUCGCCAGUUAUGGCAAUGUCAUCGUCAUCACCCUCAACUAUCGGGUUGGAGUGCUAGGUUUCCUGAGUACUGGAGAUCAGGCUGCCAAGGGCAACUAUGGGCUCCUUGACCAGAUCCAGGCCCUCCGCUGGGUGAGCGAGAAUAUUGCCUUCUUCGGGGGAGACCCCCGCCGGAUCACCGUCUUUGGCUCGGGCAUUGGUGCAUCCUGCGUCAGCCUCCUCACGUUGUCACACCACUCAGAGGGACUUUUCCAGAGAGCCAUCAUCCAGAGUGGCUCUGCUCUGUCCAGCUGGGCUGUGAACUACCAACCAGUGAAGUACACCAGCCUGCUGGCAGACAAAGUGGGCUGUAAUGUGCUGGACACCGUGGAUAUGGUGGACUGUCUUCGGCAAAAGAGUGCCAAGGAGCUGGUAGAGCAGGACAUCCAGCCAGCCCGCUAUCACGUGGCCUUUGGCCCUGUGAUUGAUGGUGAUGUCAUUCCUGAUGACCCUGAGAUCCUCAUGGAGCAGGGCGAGUUCCUCAACUAUGACAUCAUGCUAGGUGUCAAUCAGGGCGAGGGUCUCAAGUUUGUGGAAGGGGUGGUGGACCCUGAGGAUGGUGUCUCUGGCACUGACUUUGACUAUUCUGUCUCCAAUUUUGUGGACAAUCUGUAUGGCUAUCCUGAGGGUAAGGACACCCUGCGAGAGACCAUCAAGUUCAUGUAUACAGACUGGGCAGACCGUGACAACCCUGAGACCCGCCGUAAAACACUGGUGGCACUCUUCACUGACCACCAGUGGGUAGAGCCCUCAGUGGUGACAGCCGAUCUGCACGCCCGCUAUGGCUCACCUACCUACUUCUACGCCUUCUAUCAUCACUGCCAGAGCCUCAUGAAGCCUGCUUGGUCAGAUGCAGCUCAUGGGGAUGAAGUACCCUAUGUUUUUGGGGUUCCUAUGGUAGGCCCCACUGACCUUUUCCCCUGCAACUUCUCCAAGAAUGAUGUUAUGCUCAGUGCUGUCGUCAUGACCUAUUGGACCAACUUUGCCAAGACUGGGGAUCCCAACAAGCCGGUCCCCCAGGACACCAAGUUCAUUCACACCAAGGCCAACCGCUUUGAGGAAGUGGCCUGGUCCAAAUACAAUCCCCGAGACCAGCUCUACCUUCACAUCGGGCUGAAACCAAGGGUCCGAGAUCAUUACCGGGCCACUAAAGUGGCCUUUUGGAAACAUCUGGUGCCCCACCUAUACAACCUGCAUGACAUGUUCCACUACACGUCCACCACCACCAAAGUGCCGCCUCCGGAUACCACCCACAGCUCCCACAUCACCCGCAGGCCCAAUGGCAAGACCUGGAGCACCAAGCGGCCAGCCAUCUCACCUGCCUACAGCAACGAGAAUGCCCAGGGGUCCUGGAACGGGGACCAGGAUGCAGGGCCACUCCUGGUGGAGAACCCUCGUGACUACUCCACUGAAUUAAGUGUCACCAUCGCCGUGGGGGCCUCCCUCCUGUUCCUUAACGUUCUGGCCUUCGCUGCCCUCUACUACCGUAAGGACAAACGGCGCCAGGAACCCCUGCGGCAGCCUAGCCCUCAGCGGGGAGCCGGGGCCCCGGAAUUGGGAGCUGCUCCAGAGGAGGAGCUGGCAGCGUUACAACUGGGCCCCACCCACCACGAGUGUGAGGCCGGUCCCCCCCAUGACACGCUGCGCCUCACUGCGUUGCCCGACUACACCCUGACCCUGCGGCGCUCCCCAGAUGACAUCCCACUCAUGACCCCCAACACCAUCACUAUGAUCCCCAACUCCCUCGUAGGGCUGCAGACAUUGCACCCCUAUAACACCUUUGCUGCAGGGUUCAACAGUACCGGGCUACCCCACUCACACUCCACUACCCGGGUAUAGCUCCAGCUCAGAGCACAGCCAAUGUCCCGGCUCCCUCCCUCCCAGAUCCAGGAACACAUGCACACACACACACACACACACACACACGCAGACACACACGCACACACAUAUAUGUAUACGCACGCACCCACACCCUACAGCAGACCCACCCGCACAAACAUAGACAGAUGUGGACAUGCACCCGCAUGUACAAAAACACAAAUACGGAAGUAAACCUGAACAAACCCUUUAAAUGGGGACGCAGAUGAGUCCUUGGGAAACCGAGGACCCAUGAAACAGCAGCUGAAGCCAGCUCCCUGAGCCUGACCACAGACACUCCUGGGGGGCCUGAAAGCAACAGCUGGACACCCCCUUGGUGCUCGCCUUCGGCCUCUCUUGGAACUGCACCACCGACCAACUCCAGACUUGGGAGCUUUAAAGAGCAGAAUAGCUCUUCCUCCCCAGGACUUGGUCUUUUUUCUGGGUCUUGUUUUGUUGAUUUUUCUUUUUUAAUUUUGGAACAAAUGCUUUUCCAACCCGUGAGUGCUAAGAGGCUCUGGAAGGGAGGGCUCCAGGCCCGAAGGUCUCUCUGGCUCUAGGACCCCCCAGUGCUCACACAAUCAGACCAAGGAACAGGACCCCCAGAAAGGAAACAGAUUCAAGCAAGACCAUGGGGUGGAAGGAGAAAGGGGCUAGCGCUGGAUGGGGCUGGAGGGCCGUCGGGGAGAGAUCUCCAACGCUCUCUGUGUCCGUGUGGAGGGCUGCAGAGCCUGCAGGGUGACCUGCUUCCCCAGAAGCCAACAGUGUUGGCCUGGCCAGACCAGGGGACCUUAGAUUUGGGGAACAAGGUACUACGGAAGCCACAUCACUAUUGGGCCCCCGGGUCUGAUCUGGGUUUUGCCUCUGCCCUUGGGGAAAUGCUAUCAGAAAUUCACCCCAUUUUCUUUACAGUCUCUUUUGUGUCUGUCAUUUCUCUUUCAAAAAAGGCGGUGUUUUUGUUGUUGUUGGCUUUUUUUUUUUUUUUUAAAGAAAAGUUCUUAAAACACUAACGGAAACCCAUGGAGUUUGUCCUUUGUAAAAAUUUUAAACACAGUGUCUUGAUAUAAAAAUAAAAAAUCCAGUUAGCACUCCCAA